AUGUAUCCCUUGCAUUUCUGGGCCUGAAAGUGGAGGUCUGCAGUUUUAUUUUGAAAUGUAUGCCGUUCCUUUCCGGGCCUGACAGCGGAGGGGCCUGGCAGUGGAGGUCUGCAGCCAGCAUCUCUUGCAGGCGAGCGUUCUCAUUGGAUAGACUAGGCGCCAUCUUUAGGUCCGGUACACUCACACUGUCCAUGAUUCGGGGAAACCAGCAGAACUUUGCCCGCGAAAUACAAGUCUUGUUUACAUCGAUGGAGGGAGCUAAGCUGGUGCGCGAAGAACUGUUUUGAUACGGGGUUCAGAACUUGUCAUCUUCACUAUGUCGAUAAGCCCAGAACAGGAAGCCCUGAUUGGCCGUGUGUUUGAAAUCUAUCUGAAAGAACAUCAUCAUGAAGACAUUCUGCAGCUUGUUGCAGAUAGUGUUGAAGAAAACCAUCACCCUGUUGUUGUCAAUGCCAUGACAUUGUUUGAAGCCAAUAUGGAGGUUGGGGACUAUUUCAACGCCUUCCCCAAUGAUGUCCUGGCUAUAUUUGAUAAAGUGUUGCACAGAACAGCCAUGGAGUUAUCAAAGAAUGCCUCUCCCAAACACAAUAGUGGACAAGGAUCAAAGGAGCACAGAAUGAGAUACACUCUUCAUGCCCGCAUCACAGGUCUGCCAGUAUGUCCAGAGCUGACCAGAGACACCAUUCCCAGAUCCAGAGAUGUAGGACACUUUUUGUCUGUCACUGGUACUGUCAUACGCACCGGUGUUACCAAGGUUCUGGAAUAUGAACGGGAUUACAUGUGCACAAAGUGUCGUCAUGUUUUCAUGGUGCAGGCUGAUUUUGAGCAGUUUUAUACCUUUGCCCAACCGGUGACCUGUCCUAAUCCUACUGGCUGUAACUCGUACAAAUUCGGCUGUCUGUCUGGAGGAUCUGAGCCUGCUGCUUGCAGGGACUACCAGGAAAUCAAGAUACAAGAGCAAGUACAGAGGCUGUCAGUGGGCAGUAUUCCUCGGUCGAUGGUGGUGGUUCUGGAAGAUGACUUGGUCGACAGUUGUAAAUCUGGAGAUGACGUGACUGUAUAUGGGGUGAUGUGCCAGCGCUGGAAACCCUUUUAUGAUAGCACUUGCUGUGAGGUGGAGCUUGUCCUCAAAGCUAACAAUAUAGAAGUGAACAACCAGCAGGCUGUUGCUGCUAUGGCCAUGAGGGACGUUCAGAAAGAAUUUGAAGACUUCUGGAAUAACUACAAAGACAAUCCCAUAGCUGCUAGGAACCAGAUCUUGUUGAGCCUAUGCCCACAGGUUUUUGGCAUGUAUUUAAUUAAACUGGCGGUGGCCAUGGUGUUGGCUGGCGGGGUGCAGAGAGUAGAUUCUUCUGGGACCAAGAUCAGAGGUGAGUGUCAUAUGUUGCUUGUUGGUGACCCGGGCACAGGGAAGUCUCAGUUUCUGAAGUAUGCAGCUAAAAUCAUACCUCGCUCUGUACUCACUGCUGGAAUUGGAUCAACAAGUGCAGGACUGACAGUAGCAGCAGUGAAAGAUGGAGGUGAUUGGCAUCUUGAGGCCGGAGCCCUGGUCCUGUCAGAUGGUGGUUUGUGCUGCAUUGAUGAAUUCAACAGCAUCAAGGAACAUGACCGCAUCAGCAUCCACGAGGCUAUGGAGCAACAAUCUAUUAGUGUGGCCAAAGCUGGUAUGGUGUGUAAGCUGAACACUCGAACCACCAUCCUAGCAGCCACCAACCCUAAAGGACCGUAUGAUCCCAACGAACCACUAUCUGUGAAUGUAGCUCUUGCCAGCCCUUUGCUGAGUCGUUUUGAUCUUGUUCUAGUUCUCAUGGACACCAAGAACGCAGAGUGGGACCGCAUCAUCUCAUCUUUUAUUCUGGAGGACAGAGGACUGCCUGCUGAUUCUUCUAGUCUGUGGUCCCUGGAGAAAAUGAAGGCUUAUUUCAGUGUGAUUAAAUGCUUGAAGCCACAAGUGUCAGAGGAGGCCAACAGCAUCUUGACACGUUACUACCAGCUGCAAAGACAGAGUGACACCUGCAACACUGGCCGCACCACCAUUCGCAUGUUGGAGAGUCUGAGCAGACUGGCUGAAGGUGAGGAUGGAACAUUUCAUCCUAAUUCAGUCUUUUUCAAAUCAGUCUUAAAUGAAAAUAAAAUCUCUAACAUUCCUAUACUUAUCUACUAUUGGCCCAGAUCCAGACUUGGGGCCUUCAAAUAUUCACUGGCAGUGUCUUCUGCCACAAGAAUGUUUUAAAUGUAAUCAGUGACAUUGUGUAAGAAGGAUUUUGGGCUGUACUGCAGCAAAGCAAGGCCAGCACCAUAAACACAAAGUUUAUACUUUGUACCACAAGAAAGGUGAAGUUGUAUCAUCUCUGUAGGCCAUAGAAAUGGCUGCAACUUUCCAAUGGGAAAGCUGCUGUUUUGUGAUGGGCUUACCACUUUUGCCCAUGACACAAACAACUGGGGCCUCAUGUACGAAUACUUGCGUGGAUU